AUGGCCGAGCUGAAGUCGCUGGGCAGCGAGGGGUACCUAGCGCUGACCCCUGGUUACGGCCCGUCGGCUUUCGCCUAUGGAACCGUGCGAGGGGGCGCCGAGGGUCCGCGGGGGACCUACCCGGGGGGCGUCGGGGCGGACUUUCACCCCGGGGCUUUGGGCAAGUCGGCGGAGAGCAGCGGCGAGCAGAGCGGCGACGAGGAGGACGGCUUCGAGGCCGGGGUGAAGGGCGGCUCGGGCUUCGAGCGGGAGGGGAAGCUGAAGGGGGGAGCCCUGGGCAAGAAGCCGAAGGAGCAGCGCUCGCUGCGCCUCAGCAUCAACGCGAGGGAGAGGCGAAGGAUGCACGACCUGAACGACGCUCUGGACGGGUUGCGCUCCGUCAUCCCUUACGCCCACAGCCCCUCGGUGCGGAAACUCUCCAAAAUCGCCACCCUGCUCCUGGCCAAGAACUACAUCCUCAUGCAGGCGCAGGCCCUGGAGGAGAUGAGAAGGCUGGUGGCUUACCUGAACCAGGGCCAGACGCUGAGCACCCCGCUGCCCGCCACCCUCAACCCCUUCGGACAGUCGGCCGUCUACCCCUUCGGCGGGGCCGCCUUGCCCGGCUGCCCCGAGAAAUGCACUGCCUUCACAGGAGCCACCCCCACCCUCUGCAAACACUGUAACGACAAGCCUUGA